CAAACUCAAGCCCUACUUGUUUUUGUGUUGUGUCACGGUCUCGAUCUAUCUCUUAAUGCAGCAACUGAUAACUGUUUAGGAUUGUGUUUGUACGAAACAAACCGGACGUCUCUGCGAGACUACUUUUCAAGGGGCAGCUAGAUUGAAUUGUUUUACUGACAUUAUAGAAGAAGGAGAACAAUAAUGCAUUCUGCAAGGUUUCUAGCCAGUCGACUGGUGUCCUCUGAAGUCAGUCCACUGUUUCACCGAUUUUCAGGAUGCCUCGUCACAAACACGCCGAGACCAUCGGGUUGCAUAACUCUAAGAAAAACGGCGAAAAUUCCAUCAAGAAAGAUAACGACCACUAGUUCGCGAUGUGCCCAGCCAGCGAGCUCCGCGUUCGACGAUCACGCUGCCCUCUACGCCGACCACAACUGGUCGAGGUCGAUUCCCAUCACUGACGUCAGCAAGGACCCGGAUGCCAAAAUGGUGGUUGUCCAAUGGGAGGACGGGGACAGUCAGAGGUACCCCAAUGUCUGGCUCAAGAGUAAUUGUCACUGUGAAGGGUGCUACAGUAAAGGAGCUCACGGCAAACUUAAGUAUACACAGCAUCUCGAUCUGGACAUCCAAGCCGACGUCGUCUCCAUCACCCAAGACGGUCAGGUGCUUGCCAUCAAAUGGAGCGAUGGCCACAUGACCAGUGUCCCCAGUAACUGGCUUCGAUGUAACCGUUUCGACCAGUCCGACCGCGAUCCCGUGGCCGACGCCAAGCUCGAUCUCUGGGGGUCCGACGUCAUGUCGUCGAGUCGUCUCAGGACGUUUGAAUUCGAUGAACUGAUGCAGUCGGAUGAAGCGCUUUUGGAUUGGCUCUCCGAAAUAAAGGUGCUUGGAAUAUCGCUUGUUAAGAACGCUCCAAAAAUGUCCCAUCAGAUUCAUAAACUGGCUGAUCGCGUCGGAUACAUCACACCUAGUACUUUUGGCACACACAGUGACGUCAUGGUGGUUGAAGGUGGCGACAUGCUGGGGUUUUCUAACGGCUAUCUCAUGCCUCAUACAGACUUCUCUUACUACGUCAGCCCUCCCGGGGUGGCCCUCUUCCAUUGCAUCAAGAACACAUCCACGGUGGGCGGCGACAGCCUGCUCAUCGACGGGUUCAAAGCCGCCAUGGAGUUGAAGACGGAUCACCACGACGCUUUCAAUAUGCUUACCAAACACGAGAUAGAACAUGUCGCCAUAUCAGUCAACAAGAAGAUAACUCAGCAAGGCUUUUAUCAUCACGCUAGACACCCAUUGAUUAGAUUGGAUGCAUUAGGCCAGCUGAAACAGAUCACCUUCAACGAGAUAUACCACGCCUCUCUAUUCCGUGUCCCAGUUGAUGACGUCAUACCUAUGUUCUCUGCAAUAAAGGCCUUCAACAAGAUCCUUCUGCGAGAUGAUAACGUAUUCAAAUACAAAAUGAAAGCAGGUGAUAUCCUUACGUUUAACAAUCAUCGAAUGCUGCACGGGCGUAGUGCUUUUUCAACAGAUAUCGGAAGUGUGGAGCGCCACCUACAGACCUGCUUUGUUGAGUGGGACUGUGUUCUCUCGAAACUGCGUGUACUUAAGAAAUCUCCCAGUGAAAAUUUGGAAUAAACUUGAAAGUAUUAUUAUAGAUUUGUUAACAUCAAUUGACAAAAAGAUGUCAUUUUAUUUGAUAACUGACCUGAUAAGGAAUGCUUUUAAAUCUUAUCUUCUAUAGCUUCAUGUAUGCUAAAUAUCUCUGAUUCUUAUAGGCCUUUCGUAAUGCGGUAUAGAUAUAUUUUUGUUAUCAUUCUUAUUGAAGGUUUAUGUGUAUUUCACUAACCAUUUCCCUUUAAAGUUUAUGGGAUGUGUAUUUAUGUGCGUACUGUAAAGCAAAACUAAUUUUAUGACCAAGUAAACUAUUAAAUACUUGAGUUGAAGGGUAUUGUCUUCAAAGUGAAGUUAUUGUAAUAUGAUAUUGGUCAGUAUAUUAUUGGCAAAAAACCUUGCAAAUUAAACUCAUUGGAGAUAUUUUUGGUGUGUUUACUCAUAGUAAUGAUUUAAAACCAAAAAAGGGGUUAAUAAUAGGGACAAAUGACUGUGGUUAAUAUGAAGAGGCACAAAACAUAUUAACAUCAUGGCACCGUUUAUCAUUGAAGAUAUAUAGAAAAAUUUAGAAUUUGCUUAAUAAACAUAGUUAUGAUAUACAUCGAUAU